ACCCGCGGCCGCCGCUUCCCGGCCUGAGGAACAUGGCGAAGACCUACGACUACCUCUUCAAGCUGCUGCUGAUCGGCGACUCCGGGGUGGGGAAGACGUGCGCGCUCUUCCGCUUCAGCGAGGACGCCUUCAACGCCACCUUCAUCUCCACCAUCGGUGCGCCCGCCCCUCCCUCUCCGUCGCCAUGGCAACCGCGGAGCGCCCCCUCCCCCCCCAUGGCAGGCCUACCUCGCGGGGUUGGUGGGGGGACCCGGAAGGGGAACCCCCGCCAGGGCUUAUUUCGGGGGGGGGAGGCUCCAGCUGACACCCCCCCAAAAGAAUAAUAAUGCAGCUGACACCCCCUAAUAAUAAUAAAAUUAAUAAUAAAAAAAUCAUAGCCUGCUGCUGACACCCCCCAAAAGAAUAAUAAUAAUAAUAAUGGCCUGCAGCUGCCACCCCCCCAAAAGAAUAAUAAUGCAGCUGACACCCCCUAAUAAUAAUAAUAACCAGCAGCUGACACCUCCCCAAAUUAUAAUAAUAAUCAUAGCCUGCAGCUGACAACCCCAAAAAAGAAUAAUGCCGCUGACACCCCCAAAAUAAUAAUAAUAAUAACCUGCAGCUGACACCCCCCCCAAAUUAUAAUAAUAAUCAUAGCCUCCAGCUGAUACCCCCAAAAAAGAAUAAUGCAGCUGACACCCCCAAAAUAAUAAUAAUAAUCAUAGCCUGCAGCUGGCACCCCCCCAAAAGAAUAAUAAUGUAGCUGACACCCCCUAAUAAUAAUAAUAAUAGCCUGCAGCUGACACAGCUAACACCCCCCUAAUAAUAAUAAUAACCUACAGCUGACACCCCCCAAAAUAAUAAUAAUAAUCAUAGCCUGCAGCUGACAACCCCCCAAAAGAAUAAUAAUGUAGCUGACACCCCCUAAUAAUAAUAAUAAUAAUAAUGCAGCUGACAGUGCGGGAAACACCUCUGGGGCUGGGAUGCAAAAUGCAGGUGGGGGGGCAGCUGGCGAGGCCCUGGCUGAAACCCCACCUUGGCUUCCCCUCCUCCGGAUGGAAGCACCUUGCGGGAUAAGACGGGAGGAAAAUAAAUGGAGUUCCAGGGGGCAGCAAAAAAGGGAGACGGAGAGCUUAAUAUUAAUUAAUGAUUAGAAUUGUCAGCUGUCAAGUGCCACCUGUUAACUGGCGGGCGGUCUUCUCUGUGCAGGAAUCGAUUUCAAGAUCAGGACGAUAGAGCUCGAUGGCAAGAAGAUUAAGCUGCAGAUCUGGUAAGGCAGCCUAGGAAAUUAUCAUUUCCAGUUUGUUGGGGGGGGCGCGUCCCUGAGACGCCUAGGAGGAAGGGGCAGUGCCAUAGCUGUCAAGCGUCCCUUAUUUGGCGGGAAAGUCCCUUAUCCCAGCGCCGUGUCCCGCUGCUCUCCCAUAUUGAUGACGUCCCUUAAAUUUCCCGGGUUUCAAAGGAAGCAGCUCCUCUCCCUCCCUCCCUGCCGGCCAGGGAGGAGGGAGGCUCCAACUGAGUUGCUUGGCUGCGUUGCUCACCCAAUAAGGAGUCUGAGAAUGACUGGGGGGUGGAGCUUGCAUGCCUUGUGCCAAUCAAAUUGGCCGCCUUGCCUGGGGACUCGCCUUUGCUCAGCGCUUCCCAGCGGAGAGGUGACGGUGGUUUUCCUUGCUGCAUCCCCUUUGCCGGGUUGCUGCGCUGUGGGAACCACUGCUUAAGGCUUCGUUUGGCUGCUGGCUGGGCUUUCUGCCUUUGGCUCGGAGGGGCUCAGAAGUUGAACGUACCUGUGCCCCUUGGAAAAUCCCUUCUUUUGGCUGCUGGUCCCUUAUUUUUGAGGCUGCUGGUCCCUUAUUUUUAAAUCUGUAAGUUGACAGCUAUGGGCAGUGCCCCUGACAUGGGUGGCAAGCCUACAGACGAUCCCUGACAAGGCCACUGCGAUGGCAGAGCAGUGGCACAGCUUGUGUUGCUGCCGCGGCGGGUAGAACACAGAACAUCCCAAAAUGGCACAGCAGCAGCACCCUAACCUCCUGGGCCUUCUCCCGGCACGGCGGGGCUUCUGCCCCACGCUAGAGCUUCUUGGCCAGCGUCACUUGAGGGCAAGGCUGUGGGGGCCCUGCCUGGCUGUUGUCCUCAUUCCUCUUCCUGUGCUUUUCCUCCAGGGACACUGCUGGGCAGGAACGCUUCCGGACGAUCACGACGGCUUACUACAGAGGAGCCAUGGUGGGUGCAGGUCUCCCUUUGACUCGGGUCGCUGCUGACCUCUUUUUUAUAUGCCAUAUUUUUCGCUCCAUGAGACACACCUGACCAUAAGAUGACCUAGUUUUUAGAGGAGGAGAACGCGGAAAAAAAUAUUCUGAGUCAAAUGUUGUACUAAACUAUUUAAAGCAGCAAAGCGGUCGGCUCCUGUCCGCUUUGCUUCUUUAAAGCGAGCCUCAGAGGAGGGAAGGAAGGGGAGUCAUGGCCAUAUAACAACAAAAACAUCUUCAACCAUUUUUUUUAAACCAUAAUUUUGAUUGACUUCACUCCCCUCCCCCUCUUGGUUUCAUUAUUUAAUACUUUUUCACGCACGUUCCUAGAACCUUAUACUCUUCCAGUUUCAAUUUUAAAUUUUCAUCUUAUUACAAGUGGCGUAUAAAAGUUUUCCUAAUGUAAGAAUCUAUACACAAAGGUUUUAAAAAAUAUGCAAACAUUUAUCCCCUUUUUUAAGAAAGAAAAAGUUCAAAGUCCUCUCUUUCUUGGGUUUUAGCUUAAGUAAUUUGUCCCGCAUAGCUCAAUAGUUUAUUUUACCAAUCUCCUUUCCAUUCUUUGGCAGAGGCGUCUUCCUUCUAUAAGGGCAGGCUGGUCUUGGUCUGGGGUCUACUCUUGAGUACAGGAACAGAGUCUUUCGUUCGAUAAGUCCAUCAAAGCCAGCCCACAAAUCCCUCCAGAAUUGGGGAAAAAAGCAGCUCUUUUGAUUGGUUCCCUCUCCCCGUUUCUGCUCUUUAGGGCAUUAUGCUGGUGUACGACAUCACCAACGAGAAGUCGUUUGAAAACAUUCGGAACUGGGUCAGAAACAUCGAAGAGGUAUGUUCUCCCGCUGCUCUGCCUCUGUGCUUCGAGGCUGUCUGUUUCUGAAUACCAGCUGCGGAAGCUGCCAGAGAGGAGAGUUGCUUUUGUGGAUGUCGUGGUGUAUAUCCGUGGACACGAAAGCUGGGUAGGAACAAUGUCAGAGGUAGAAAGAAGCCUCUCUUUGCUGUUGUUGUUGUUGUUGUUAUUUUAUUGAAUUAAUAUACUGCCCUUUACCCGGAGGUCUCAGGGCGGUUCACAAAAAAGAUCACAAUAUAUAAAAUCAAAAGCAAUAACCCAAUAACACCCCCCCCCAAAAAAGAGCCACAUUUUAAAAGGGAUGUUGACCAGGUCAACCAAAGACUUGGUUAAAAAGGAACGUUUUUGCCUGACGCCUAAUUUAGUCUGAUUUAGAUGGGAUAUCCUCUCCCUUCCAGCCUUUUGCGACUAGAAAUCUGGCAGCGACUGUAACAUACAUAAAGACUCCCCUGAACUUUUGGGGGAUUUCAUUUCCCAUAAUUCCUAGCAGGAAGGCUUCGGGUUUUGGGGGGAAGGAGCAUUUGAAACGGGCUGCUUCUGUUCUCGGACGCUCUCCUGCUCCCCGAGGGCUCCUCUCGUUGCUCCAUAAAGCCUGCUUCUCAGAGGUGCGGUUUCUUGCAGGAUCCACUGUGGGACAGGACCGUUGCCCUCUAGAAGGUAACGAACGGUGAGCCAGCCCUUCUGCUCGCUCAUUCCAGCUGGCAAACCCCUCCGGAAAUUGCAUCUUGCCACGGUCCCUGCUCUGCCAUUGCCCAGUUCUGCAACUAACACGGAACGCUUCUGCUUUGUUCCGAAUGAGUGGCAUGGCAUUGUGGAGUUUUUUGCAAGCGUUUGAAGUGCAGUGAAAGUUUCAUCUGCUAGGAGGGGGCCUCUGAAAGGCCUUUUCCCUCCCAACAGAGCGGGAGGAGAAGCGCUGUGUCGGCAUCUCAGCCGCAAGCUCUGCGUGCCGACCAGGCCGUCUCUCUUUUUCUCACCACUGCCCUCGCUCUCUCUCCCCCCACCCCCCGCAGCAUGCGUCUCCAGAUGUGGAAAAAAUGAUCCUCGGGAACAAGUGCGACAUGAACCACAAGCGCCAGGUCUCCCGAGAGCAAGGAGAGAAGGUGAGGGCGGUUUCUGGCGUCCAGAGAUUAGCCGGUCGUGUGUCACGAGAAAGGCAAGGGGGGAUGUCAUUGAGGGAGCUGACAGCCAGAACAGUGAGAGACAAGGAAACGCCGGCUAACUUGCAGUUAGCCGUUUCAUUGAUGAAUCAGAACAGGAAGAAUAAUUAUUAUUAUUUUAUUUAUUAUUUAUACCCCGCCCAUCUGGCUGGGUUUCCCCAGCCACUCUGGGUGACUCCCAACAAAUAUUAAAAAUGCAAUAAAAGAUCAAACAUUAAAAAACUUCCCGAAUCUGCCUUCAAAUGUCUUCUAAAAGUCAUAUGGUUGUUUAUUUCCUUGACAUCUGGUGGGAGGGCGUUCCACAGGGCGGGCACCACCACUGAGAAGGCCCUCUGCCUGGUUCCCUGUAACCUCGCUUCUCACAGGGAGGCAACCGCCAGAAGGCCCUUGGGAGAGGGACCCCGGGGUCCGGGGUGGAGAUGCUCCUUUAGGUAUCCUGGCCAAAUUGUUGUCCCAAAGAAGUUGAGACCCAAGUUUAUUCUGUCUCUCACAGCUACAAUAAACCUACCAUUAAAAUUAUGGACUGGUCAUUUCUUUCAUCAGAGGGCAAAUGGGCAAAUUUAGCAGGGGAUCAAAUACUUUCCCCCCUCACUGUAUGUUGGAGUCAGGAAUGCAAAUUUUUUUAGAACUGUGUUUCUCAAGGCAGAUGCUGGUGUCUGUGUUCAGGGCUCACCUGUGUAACUGACCUGAGACCUCUCCUCCUUUUUUUUCUCGUUCAGCUGGCCAGCAGCUUCGGCAUCAAGUUCAUGGAAACCAGCGCCAAGGCAAACAUCAACAUAGAGAAUGUGAGUGGCGGCCCUGCCUUCCUGACCCUCUUUCCCGGAAGCCUUUUUGUCCGGUCCAAAGGGCGGAAGGACGCCUGGGGUCCAGUCCCCCAGGCAGAAUCUCUUAAGCCAAAGCACUUCCAACUCCACUCAGUGCUGCAGCAAAUCUGCAAAACGGGGGACCCGCUGCAAAAACAGCUGCCGCUCCCCAUCAUUUAAUAAUAAUAAUAAUAAUUUUUAUUUAUAUCCCGCCCUCCCCAGCCGAAGCUGGGCUCAGGGCGGCUAACAACAAUCAAAAUAAUCCAACAUUCUAAAAACAUUCAUUAUAAAAUUAAUUAAAAUCAAAUUGGUGGCAACCAUUAAGCAAAAUUCUGUGCAGAUUGCCAGAGGAGGGGGUCAGGCUGCGCCCUGACCAAAGGCCUGGUGGAACAACUCUGUCUUGCAGGCCCGGCGGAAAGAUGUCAGGUCCCGCAGGGCCCUAGUCUCUUGGGACAGAGCGUUCCACCAGAAUGGAGCCGCGGCCAAGAAAGCCCUGGCUCUAGUUGAGGCCAGCCUAACCUCUCUGUGGCCUGGGAUCUUCAGGAUAUUUUUAUUUGCAGACCGUAAGUUUCUCUGUGGGACAUACCAGGAGAGGCGGUCCCGUAGGUACGAGGGUCCUAGGCCGUAUAGGGCUUUAAAGGUUAAAACCAGCACCUUAAACCUGAUCCUGUACUCCACCUGGAGCCAGUGCAGCUGGUAUAGUACCGGGUGAAUGUGAUCUCGCAGCGAGGACCCCGUAAGGAGUCUCGCCGCAGCAUUCUGCACCCGCUGGAGUUUCUGGGUCAGUCUCAAGGGCAGCCCCACAUAGAGCGAGUUACAAUAAUCCAGUCUGGAGGUGACCGUCGCGUGGAUCACAGUGGCUAGGUCAGGGCGAGAGAGAUAAGGAGCCAACUGCUUAGCUUGGCGGAGAUGAAAAAAUGCCGCCUUUGUUAUAGCUGUAAUCUGCGCCUCCAUGGAAAGGGAGGUGUCAAAGAUUACACCCAAACUCUUGAUGGACGAUGCUGGCACUAAUUGCACCCCCGCAAGAGAUGGGAGUUGCCCCCUCAAUCCCAUAUCGCCCCGUCCCAGCCAGAGGACCUCUGUCUUCGAAGGAUUUAACUUCAACCGGCUUCCGCGUAACCAUCCAGCCACAGCUUCCAGACAUCUGGUCAGUGUGUCUGGGGCCGAGUCAGGAUGGCCAUCCAUCAACAGAUAGAUUUCUCCCUCUCCCGGCCCACAAUUCUAAUUUGCAGAGGUCUGGCCUGCUGCUGCUGCUCUUGCAGGUGAUGGGGGACAUUGUGCAGCAAUCAGUGGUGUGUUGGGACAGGUCACAAGGGCCGUUUGGGGACACCAAAGAGCCAAUUGCCCCCUCCGCAUAACCUCCCUCGAGUCUUUGCAUUUUGGCGUGAGCACCAGGAGAGCAGCGCGAGCUACGGCUCUCCAGAGGCAGGCCUCGUCCGAUCAUUUUCACAUUUGUAUAUAUUUUUUUCUAUUUCCCCGUUUUAAAUUUCAGGCGUUUUUCACUCUCGCCAGAGACAUCAAGGCGAAAAUGGACAAGAAACUGGUGAGUCGCCUUGGCUAGAACGCAGAUUUAUUUGUUGCAUUUAUUUCUCUACUUCUCCAAGGUGCUCAAGGCUCCCUCUCCUCGUCUAAUCCCAACAACUGUCUGGUGCAGGUUAGGCUGAGGGGAAUUUAUUGGUCCAAGUCUGCUUCAAGGGCGAGUGGGAUAUUUGAACGCUGGUCUCCCAUGUCCUAGUACCACACUCUUAACCGCUAAACCAGGCAUGUCCAACUCUCAAGAGACUGCGAUCUACUCCCAUAAUAACUAGGGUUUGCAGUGUUUGGGUUCCAAGUUGUUUGAGUCCCAAGGCGUUUGAGAACCGUGUGUGUGUGUGUACACACACACACACACACACACACACCAGUAUUAACUUGUUCAGUGUUGUAUAAGAAACUACUUGGGUUGAGGAGGACAGGUGGCAAAGGGUAAGGGUUUUAUAACGCACUAUCGUAAACAGUUAACAACGCCAGCAGGGUUGUAAGGCGGCUUGUGGCGAUAAUGGUUAAUGCCUUUUUGUAAAAAAUGUAGACAGGUUGAAUGAGUGAAAAGGAAAACGUAUAAAUGCUUUGGUGUAAAAAACGAACUGCGAAAGCCAUGAGUUGGGUGGGAGGGAAGUCGCUAAGCUCAUACGAGGAAACAGUAAAAUGGAAAAUAAGGGUGUAUUUAAAUAUUUAAAAUGGAAGUGUAAUAAAAAUAUUAUUUUUUUAAAAAGUUCUAUAAUAUGGCAGGAGGGGAGGAGGCGAAAUGAGCUUUGAGGUCGCGGCCUUUGGAGUUGCUAGGAGCACAGAGCCCAAAAGUACAAUGAGGAUGUAUUUAAAUGUUUAAAAUGGAAGCAUAAUAAACAUAUAUAUAUAUUUUAAGUUCUAUAAUGUGGCAGGAGGGGAGGGGGUGAAAUGAGCUUUGAGGUCGCGGCCUUUGGAGUUGCUAGGAGUACAGAGCCUGUCUGCUGGGUGCCAUUGCCCUGCUCCCUCCCCAGGCCAGAGUUUGACCUGCAGCUCCAAGCAGUUUGCAGCAGAGGGGGGGAACAGGUUGGAACCCAAGCCCACCUGAAUAACCCUCCCGUGGUCCUCUUGCAUUCACAGGAAGGCAACAGCCCUCAAGGCAGCAGCCAGGGGGUGAAGAUCACCCCCGAGCUACAGAAGAAAACCAGCUUUUUCCGAUGCACCCUCCUCUGAGGGGGGGGCAGCCUUACCGCGAGCCUCUGCUCAAGCUUCCUGGGCCGUGCCUGCUUGCAAGAGGCUCCUUCUUCCGUUCUCCCUGUCUGGCUCUGACCCCACCAACGCAACCCGCCGCGCUGCAUUUGCUGGAACGGAACUGAGGAAGGGGCUUCUUUUCACGACGGACUCUCCCGCUCCGGAGAAAACGCCGUUUCCCCCUCCCGUCGCACCUCCCAGACGGAAAACGCACUCCCUGUUUGCGGUGUGGGGAGGGGGUUGCUUUGGGGAGAAAAAGAUGCGGAUCAAGAAAUCAAGACACGGGAAGUUUCCUAAUGGGUUUUCCUCUCUCUGUCUCUCUCUUUUCUGUCUCUGGGAUGUGUUUUGGAUAACUGUAUCAAGACUAGUAGAAAAAAAAAGUCAGAAUAACUCUCAAUGAUUUCCUGCUGAAUCCCCAAAUCUACGAAUGGUCAGGGGUGCCGUUGGCGCCCCCUAAGACAUUUCUAUCAGGCUGAAUCACACAGCCGGCUUAAAAGCACUGAUUUUGUUUUAUUUUUGGUAGCAGAUUUUAACACACACAGCCCUUUCCUCGCGUCGCUUUGUGGGGACCACAAAGCUCACCGAUUCCUUUCACAGACACGGGAAAAGAGGCAUCUGAAAUCUGCUCCUGGUGUGCUCUUGGCGAUGAUUCUAGACACUCCUGUGAUAGAAGUUGCACAAUGCCUCGAUACACAAAUGAAUAAAUCUAUUUUUUUAGAGAAAACAAAGCUUGUGUGAGAUGCUACUUGAGUUUGUGACUGGGAACAUCUGGCAAACCUCCGGUUGCCUUCAGUGGGGCCCCAGUUGCUGUCUGGGAAGGUCUCCUGGGAAGAUGGAUUCCUCUGCCCAAUCCUCCCCAACAUCUACUUUUUAAAAAAUUAUUGUUAUUAUUAUUAUUAAUGCCCUGCCCAUCUGGCUGGGUUUCACCAGCCACUCUGAGCGGCUUCCAACAGACUAUUAAAAAAACCAAACAUUAAAAACUUCCCUAAACACAGAUGCCUUCAGAUGUCUUCUAAAAGUCAGAAAGUUGGUUAUCUCCUUGACAUCUGACAGAAGGGCGCCAGCACCGAGAAGGCCCUCUGCCUAGUUCCCUCUAACCUCACUUCUCGCAGUGAGGGAACUGCCAGAAGACCCUCGGGAGCUGGACCCAGGUGUCCGGGGUGGAGACGCUCCUUCAGGUCUACUGGGCCAAGGCUGUUUAGGGCUUUUAAGGUCAGCACCAACACUUUGAAUUGUGCUCGGAAACCUAGUCCCCUGGUCCAGGUUUUUUAAACUACUUUUCAAUUGGAUGACCCCUGGGGUCCCGACAUUACAAUUCUGCUGAGUGCCUAGACCUUGCCAGGGCACAAAAACAAAGAAAGGCAGGAGGCGGUGUCACAGGUUUGUCAUUUUAUUUCCUGCCACCCGGACCAAAAUCCUGCCCACCCUAAUUAAACCACCUUGCUGGGUGGCCAGGAUAGGUCCCUCGGCCAAGUCCAUGGUGGGGCUCCUCAGCAACCCCACUGGCCCCCAUCACAUGUUGGCUCUCUCCCUCUGCAGCCGGGAGUUGUAGGCCCUCGAGACGGUGUUCCAGGCAUCCAUAUAGCGGUCCAUGCACAUCGCGACGCAUUUCUGAGAAGGGAGAGGAAAAGGAGAGGGUGGUCAGGAAAGAGGAGCAGGCUGCAAGUCUCCAUCACUGGGGGCUGGGGGGGGGGAAGCCUCCAGCCCAACAGCUCGGUAAAGGGGGGGCUAUUGGGUUGCUGUUUUUAAUUUAAUUACGUAUUUUGCGGUUUGAGAUCUUGAUUUUAUUCUGUGAACCGCCCUGAGACCCCUGGGUAUAAGGGGGUGGUAUAUAAAAGAAAGAAAGAAAGAAAGAAAGAAAGAAAGAAAGAAAGAGAGAGAGAGAAGGGAAGGGAAGGGAAGGGAAGGGAAAGGAGGAAGGAAAAAGGGAGGGAGGGAGAAGAG